AAACCAUGAAUAUUUCCAUUGUACAAAAAAUGUUAGCAUGUCUACCAUAAUCUCUCUAAUCUUUCACUCUCUAUCUAAUUAAGUAACUAUAUUAAUUUUACGAACAUAAUUAUGAUGGGCAGAAAUUUGGCUAGGAUUGCGUUAGUGGUGCUAUGCUUGGCAGUGCGAAGCUUAGCAACUGUGUACACAGUGGGUGACUCGAGUGGAUGGACAAUUGGGGUUGAUUAUGGCACUUGGGCUGCUUCUAAGACAUUCGUCGUUGGUGAUAGCCUAGUGUUCAAUUAUGGAAGUGGACACACAGUGGAUGAAGUAAAGCAAAGUGACUACAAAACAUGCACAAUUGGGAAUUCAAUAAGCACUGACAACAAAGGCACUACUUCAAUUCUACUCCAAACUCCUGGGACACAUUUCUUUAUUUGUGCUAUUUUAGGUCAUUGUGGUAGUGGCAUGAAACUUUCUGUUAAUGUCUUAGCUUCUGGUUCUCCUUCUACUUCUCCUACUACUUCUACUACUGCUGCUCCUUCCACUACACCUACCACCACCACCGGCGUCUAUCCCACCACCGCCUCCGGUACCACGCCAUAUAUGAUCCCAGAUUCGGCCUCGUCUUUGAGAAGUAUUACUAGCUCUAUUCAAGGUGGGCUUGUUUUGUUUGUGGUUGUAUUAGUGAAUUUUGUUCUGUUUUUGUGAUUUUGAUGUGUAUUUAAUUAUUGUUGGUUCUUAUAGCCAGGUUAGAGGCAGUGCUUUUUCUAUUUUUAGUUAAGUAUUUACUUUAUUGUAAGAUAUUUUUAUUUGCCUAAACAAAUCAAUAUUUUUACUUUUCUUUUAGAUGGAAAUAUUUGUUGAUGAAUUAUUAAGAAAUUGGUAUGAUUAGUUCGUUCAUGUGU